AUGGCAUUGAUUCUCCUAAUCGCUUGUAUCAUUUUUGUUUGGAUAACUUCUCUAUUCAAAAUUUUCCUUCUUGCUCACAUCCGUUCCACCAAACAUUUUACGCUGAAUGGUAGAGCUUUUCGGAAGAGAAAUGUCUUACUGGUUAUUGCUCACCCUGAUGAUGAAUCCAUGUUCUUUGCUCCAACUAUAAAUUUUCUGACAUCAAGAGGGCAUAAUGUUCAAAUACUCUGCUUAUCUAAUGGUGAUGGCGAUGGCAAAGGGAAUGUUGGAAAGCAAGAGCUUUAUCAGGCUUGUGUAUCCCUCAAGGUUCCAAUGCAACAAGUGAAGAUUAUCAACCAUCCAGAUCUGCAGGAUGGUUUUGGUAAAGUUUGGAACCAUAGCUUAUUGGCAAAGAUUAUUGAGGAAGAAAUAACCAGUCACUGCAUUGAUAUGAUUAUUACUUUUGACAAAUACGGUGUCUCGGGACAAUGUAAUCAUCGUGACGUGCAUUAUGGAGUAUGGUAA